GAACUAGUUGACAAAGGGGUUAAGUCAUAUCAAUCAAUUGUUAGAAAGACGAUUACACCUACCAAAUCAUUGAAAACGCAAAUGACAAAAGCUGCAUUCCUCAGUCCCAUAAAAGUACCAAUGCAACAAUAUGAUUUAAGUGGAAGUAGAAAUGAAAAGCCACAUAAAAGGAUCAAUACAACAAGUGGAAAGGAUAAAAACAAUUAUGGCUAUUUACAGAUUGCUUCACCAACAUUAUGGAACCUUGGCGCUUUUGCUAAUUAUUGUAGCUCAUAUGAGCAGUUCAAGGGUGAUAAAAUUAAAAAAGCACUUGAGAAGAUCAUCAAUAACAAUUAUAUUCAAGAAGACGUAUAUGAGAAAGCAUUUCAUUUACAUCAGAAUUUUGAAUCGACUACUAAUUUGUCCUUCUCUUCGGCCUCCAUGACACAUAGAUGGGGACUAUUGGUUCGUCAUUUUAAAGUUAUGGGCAAUUGGUAUUAUCCAAGCAAAAUUUACGUCAUUUCUUGUUCUACCAUUGUAAAGAUGGAAACGACAACAGAUUGUUUCCAACAGCUUGAGACUCGUUACCAUACCGAGCAGAAAUUGGAGCUAAUUGAAAUUGAGAAGACUAUUGAGUUCGCUGGAAUAGAACGUAUUGCGUUUAUGCUACACGUUACCCAAAUUCGGAAUCACACGGAAUCGAUAAUGAAAGCUCAUCAACAGAUUACUGAUGAACCUGUGGUUGAUGAGAAUGUACUGACAGACAAGACCAAUAUAGUCGUGAGAAGGCGCAAAGUAAAUGAUGUUAUUCCCGAAAAAGAUCUUCUUAUAAAAGAUGUAUUGGCAAUGAAGAAAUGA